CUUGCCAAAGCGAAAUCCAUCGCAGAGAAUGCAAUUGAACGGACACUUUCACAUCGAACAACGCAAUCCACGCUGACUCCUGGUCCUCCUCCCGAUGGCGGUAUACAGGCUUGGACGCAGGUAAUUUGUGCCUGGUUGGCGAUCUUGAAUACAUGGGGAUUCGUAAAUUCUUUCGGAGCAUUCCAAACGUACUACGCAAGCAUUCUGCCACAGACGCCGUCAACCAUAUCGUGGAUUGGCAGUACACAAGCCUGCCUGUUGUUCGCACUGAGCAUAUUCUCCGGGCGCGCACUAGAUGCAGGACUAUUCAGACCAACCGUCAUCAUCGGUAUUGCGAUCCAACUCGUGGGAAUAUUCACAAUGAGCGUGUCUCAUAACUACUGGCAGCUGCUUUUAACCCAGGGAAUAUGCACUGGAAUAGGAGGAGGAAUAUUCUUCGUCCCGACAAUGGGCAUUGUGAGCACUUACUUUGCUAAAAGAAGGGGUCUCGCUCUGGCCGUUGUGUCGAGCGGCAACUCCAUGGGCGGCGUUGUAUACCCAAUUCUGGUCAGGCAGCUCUUGGGUAGGAUUGGAUUUGGCUGGACGGUGAGGGUACUGGGUUUCGUCAAUGUCGUGAGCCUUGCUGUGGUUAUUGCUUUUAUGAGACCUCGAUUGCCACCGCGGAAGACGGGGCCAAUCGUUGACAUGGAUGCGUUCACAGAUAUUCCCUAUUUACUGCACAUUGGUGGUAUGCUCUUCAUCAUGGCACCAGUGUAUUUUGUCUUCUACUAUGUCGGAUCGUUCGCCAGAGACAAACUCGACAUGUCCUACAAUGCCUCUCUGAACCUCGUCAUGAUCAUCAACGGCGCCGGUGUUCCCGGGCGCAUCAUCCCCGGCUACCUCGCCGACCGGUUCACCGGCGUCAUCAACAUGUUCAUCCUCUGCCUCAUGUCCAACCUGGUUGUCUCCUGGUCAUGGCUCGCCAUAGACUCAAUACCGUCCUAUUACGCAUACGUGACGAUCUAUGGCAUUCUCAUCGCAUCGUUCCAGGGCCUGUUUCCGUCGACCGUCGCGGCGUAUAGCAAUGAUAUUACGAAGACGGGUACGCGACUUGGGAUGGCGUUUACGGUUAUUGGGUUUUCGGCGCUCGUGGGCGGCCCGAUAUCUGGGGCGUUGCUGAGAGCUGGGGGAGGAUAUGUCGCGCCUAUAUGUUGGAGUAGUGCCAGUCAGACUGUGGGCAUUGGGUUGAUAGUCGCGGCAAGAGUGCGGAAGCAUGGAUGGAGGCAGGUUAAGAAGUGCUAG